AUGCUCUCCGCCGCCCAGCACGAGGCGGUGACGUCCGAGGCCGCGCGGCCCCUGCAGAUCCUCGCGGGCCCCGGGUCCGGCAAGACGCGCGUGCUCACGUCGCGCGUCGCGCAUCUCGUGCGCGACAGCGCGGCGCCGAUCGCGCCGGAGCGGUGCGUCGUCGUCACGUUCACGAACCGCGCCGCGAACGAGAUGCGCGCGCGCCUCGAGACGAUGAUCGGCGCGGACCGCACGCGCCGGCUCGUGCUCGGCACCUUCCACGCGGUGUGUGUGCGCUUCCUGCGCCGCUGGGGCACUCGCCUCGGCCUCGAUCCGCGCUUCACGAUCGCCGACACGGACGACGCACGGCGCCUCCUCCGCGACGUCGACCGCGACGCCCCCGUCGACGCCACACUCGCGGCCAUCUCGCGCGCCAAGGCGCACGGCUGGACGCCCGACGAGCUGCGCGCGUCCGCCCAGCACGCGCCCGGCUCGCCAGCUCACACCGAGCACCUCGCGCUGUGCCGCACGUACGCCGCGUACCAGCAGCAGCUCCGCACGAGCCACGCGCUCGACUUUGACGACCUGCUCCUCCUCGGCGUGCGCCUCUUCCGCGAGCACCCCGAGCUCACGACGCACAUCGACCACGUCCUCGUCGACGAGUUCCAGGACACGAACGCCGUGCAGUACGAGCUCCUGCGCCGCCUAUCGCGCCACGUCAGCGUCGUCGGCGACCCCGACCAGAGCAUCUACAGCUGGCGCCACGCCGACGUACGCCACAUCGAGCGCAUGCACCUCGACUUCCCCGGCCUGCACCGCGUCCUCCUCGAAGAAAACUACCGCAGCACGCCCCAGAUCCUCGAGGCCGCCCUCCGCGUCAUGCAGCAGGAUCCGCACCGCCUCCCCAAGGGCCUGUACACCGCCCUCGCAAGCGGCCCGCCCGUCAGCGUCGUGGCAUGCCACGACGCCGACGACGAGGCCCUCUUUGUCGCGCGCGAAAUCCGCCAGCACGCCCGCACCACGCCGUACGCGCACAUGAGCGUCCUGCUCCGCCUCACCGCGCACAGCCGCGCGUUCGAAAGCAUCUUCCACCGCCUCAACAUCCCGUACCGCCUCCUCGGCGGCGUCCGCUUCUUCGACCGCGCCGAGGUCCGCGACCUCCUCGCCUACCUCACGCUCGCCGACAACCCCGCCUACACCCCCGCCGUCCUGCGCGUCCUCAACGUGCCCAAGCGCGGCAUCGGCCCCCAAAGCGCGCAGCAACUCGCCAACGCCGCGCAGCACGCACAGGUGCCGCUCCUCACGCACCUCGCACACGCGCACGCCCUGCGCCCCGCCCUCCUCCGCGCCGUCCGCUCGUUCGUCGACGUCGUGCACGAGCUGCACGCCCAACGCCACGCCCCCGUCGCCGACCUGCUGCACCGCGUCCUGCACCUCACGCGCUACGAAGAGCAUCUCCGCCAGACGAGCGACGCCGACGCCCGCUGGGACCAUGUCCAGGAACUCAUCCACCUCGCCACCGCCUCCGACGACCUCAGCUCGUUCCUCGAGUCCAGCGCCCUCGCCUCCGACGUUGCCUCCGACACGCCCUGCGUCACGAUCUCGACCUGCCACGCCGCCAAGGGCCUCGAGUGGCCCAUCGUCUUCUUGCCCGCCAUCGAGCACGGCAUCUUUCCCUUCUACCGCUGCACCACGCCAGACGAACACCGCGAGGAACGCCGCCUGCUCUACGUCGCCAUGACACGCGCACAGAGGCAACUGUACGUGUCGUGGGCGCACCGCCGCCUCGUCCUCAGCGAAUGGUCCGACCGCUCGCCCUCGCCCUUUCUCGCCCCCCUCGUCGAUCGCGCGCCCCCGACGCCCGCCCAGCCUCGUAAGUCACCGGCCCCCUCGCCCCCUGCCUCGCCGGCCGCGUCGCCCCCACCCAAGCGCCCGCGGCCGCCGCCCCUCGCCUCGCGCCCCACACCCGGCCCGGCACGCCGCAAGACCCUCGGUGUCCGUCGCCGACGCUCGUAA